CUGUCGCCUGAUAUCGCAGCGCUGCUUGGACCUCUGCCUGGGCGGUCUGCUGAUCUUUUUGGCCAGGCUGCAGCAGGUGGAGGCAGCCGCCGCCGCUGCGGAGAUGACCAACUUGAACUGGAAGCCCUUCAUCUACGGGGGGAUGGCCUCGAUUGUCGCAGAAUUCGGCACUUUCCCCAUUGAUCUGACAAAGACGCGGCUACAGGUCCAGGGUCAGUCCCAGUACACAGAGGUCCGCUACAGAGGCAUGUUUCACGCCCUCUUUAGGAUUGGCAAGGAGGAGGGCAUCCGGGCACUCUACUCUGGAAUCUCCCCUGCACUCUUGAGACAAGCUUCUUACGGCACAAUCAAGAUCGGAACCUAUAACUCUCUCAAGAGGCUCUUUGUCAGUCGUCCAGAAGAUGAGACUAUGGUCAUCAAUGUCUUCUGCGGCGUCGUCUCUGGCGUUCUGUCGUCGUCGCUGGCCAACCCCACCGAUGUGCUGAAGAUCCGAAUGCAGGCACAGGGAAGUCUCCUCCAAGGCAGCAUGAUGUCCAACUUCAUCAACAUCUACCAGACAGAAGGCACAAGAGGCCUGUGGAGAGGCGUCAUCCCCACAGCACAGCGAGCCGCCAUCGUUGUCGGGGUUGAACUUCCCGUCUAUGACAUCACAAAGAAGCACCUCCUCCGUUCUGGCGUCAUGGGAGACACCAUUUUGACACAUUUUAUUUCAAGUUUCACAUGCGGCCUGGCGGGGGCGUUGGCCUCCAACCCCGUGGACGUGGUCCGCACCCGCAUGAUGAACCAGCGAGUGCUGUCGGGAGCGCCCAUGUACAAAGGCACUUUGGACGGAGUGAUGCAGACGUGGAGGAACGAAGGAUUCUUUGCUCUCUACAAGGGCUUCUGGCCUAACUGGCUGCGACUGGGGCCUUGGAACAUCAUUUUCUUCAUCACCUUUGAGCAGCUGAAGAAGCUCCCGUUUUAACUGGACUCGGGAAGCAGGACAGCACGUAUCUGUCGGGACUGUGUCAGGCCAUGAAGCACAGCGGUGAAGAAGAAAGACGACGACGCAGCAGAAGAAGAAAAAGACGCAGCAGCACUGGCAUCAGUAUAUUCACAGUUUUACCAACAACUCAACACAGCAUCUCCAGCUUCCAAGCCUCAAAUCGUUUUCAUUUUGUUCGCUAUGUUCUAUUUAUUUCUAUUAUUAUAUUAUUGUUGUUUUGACACAGUCGUGAGCACUGCGACCAGGCAGCUACUUUGUAGUUAAGAUGCACCAUGGAGUAGGUGAGUGGAACCUUAACCUCAGACAAAAAAAAUACAUAAUUAAUCGCUGAGGAAAUGGGGAAAUGCUUCAAAUGACAAGCCGACUGUUACAAGGCAACUCACCAAUACUCCAAAUGUGUCCAAGGAUAUGAUCUUUGGAACAGGAAGGUGCCAAACAGUUAGUCUUUACAUUAGAAUAAUACAGUAGUUACACAGUACUGACCCAAUUUGUGUCUGAAGCGCCAAUAAGAGAAAAUGUGAGCCAAAGCCUUGAAAAAGAAGAGACGGGUCGUGCCAAAAAAUUCUCAACUUGAUUGCAGUUUAGUUUUAGUCCAUAUGUCCUUCGUUGCUUGGUUGAAAUCAGUUUCAAAUGCAUAUGUUGCAUAUGUUUGCAAUUCCUGACUCUGCGUCUCUGUCACAGACCAAAUUGAAUUCCAGUGAUUGCUGCUUAUGGGAAAAGAAGAAAAAAAAUGUGACCAAAUCUGAUUAAGAUAUGCUGCUAACGUCCCAUCUAGUCUUUAGUGAAAUGGCCAUACAUUGGUACCUUAUGGUGCAACUCUUCAACUUCGGCAACAGAAAAGACAAGUGUUCAAAUUUGGCAGUCUCUAGCGGGUGCCGGACUGUUUGUUGAUUGUUUGUUGCUGUCCAAUGAAAGCAUGCACUGGUAUUGUUUGGUUUUUCAGAUAAAAAUUUUAAAAAACGAAACACAUUUCAGCAGAUUUUACCAUAAAAGUGAAUGGAUAGAGAAGAGAAUCCAUUCUGGGGUCCAACCAUCGCCAAACAUUCAACUUAUUCACUUUUUAACAUUCUUUUCUUUACUUAAGAAGCUAACCGUUCUUGAGCCUUUGAUGCUUGCUGAGCUGAGCUCCAGUAUGCCAUCUUUGGAGGAACAUUUCUAUCUAAAAUCUACCAAAAAGGCAACUAAGACAGCAGUAUUCUUUUUUUUUUAUACUUUUGUUGGUUUUGGUUUUACUUUAGUGUUUUUUUUACACACCAAUUAUAUCCUGACACCUUAAAGCUCAGACAAACCAAUACUUUGCUGUGUUGCUGUUGUGUAUGUUUGUGUAUUUGUAUUUCCUUGUCUUUACGUUGUCUGCACACAUUUUUUGAAGCUUCUCUGAGAAGCAUGUUGUAUGCAGUUCUAUUUAUUUGGACAUUUUCGUGGUCGAGUUUUCUAUUUAUGUAUUAUUGGCCUCUGUUGAGUGAACACAAGAUGGACACAGCUUUCGGUUUUCCUCAGUGUCUUUGUGUGUGUUUAUAUUUAUUACAUUUUUCUCACUCGGUGAUCACUCCUUAUUCUGUUCAUUGAAUUUUUUUUUUUUUUUACAAUUCUGUUUUUAUUUUUGAUGGUAGCUAAGGCACUUAUCCCCUGGUCAUGUCAAACAAUAAUGACGUGAAUACACUAUAGGUCAUCAACUCAAAUUAGUCAUUUAAAAGGUCAAAAAGGCAGCAAAUCACAUGUUCGUUUUACCUCCAGUGAUCAGCUUUCUGUUUUGCUGCUUUUACAUCUCAGCUUGUUCAAUGGUUCGGUUUUAUGGUGGAGGUUUGGAAUAGAGAUGGCUUAAAUUAAAUUGUUGUACACUCAAAAUGAAAAUAAAAAAAAUACUAUGUA